AUGCAAGUCAAGUCUGCAAGUUCACUUAAGAAGCUGAGAAAUUUGGGAAGUAAAAACCAGAAACUUAAAGAAGAGUAUACACAAGCAGUUGAAGUCUCAUUGAACAUUUUAAGAGAAAGAUUUAAGCAUCUUAGAUGGAAGGGAGAAAAUGUAUGUGUGCAUGAUCCAGCUAGUCAAGAAGAAAUGUAUGCUUUGGUGGAAAUGUUGAAAGUGCUGGAUGAGAAUAUUCACUGUGAUGCAAAUUUGUCAACCCUGCAAUCUACAGCAAUUGAUGCUUUCCUGGAAUCCCAUUCCAGAAGCCGUCAAUACUCUUUUCAGAUCAAGAAGUGUAUGGCAGACAACUGUGGGUAUUGUGUUCUCAAUCCUCCUAGGCUUCCAGAUGAUGUCUUUCGUGGACUUCAUUUUGUGCCAGAUCCUACACAGGAUGAGAAUGGGCAGUACAAAGAUUUUCAGGACCUGUAUGGAACGGAAACUAAUGAUAUGAAUAGACCAAGUAUGACAGGGAAACAUGGAGAAUCAUCAGAAAGAGACAAGAAGUUUAAAGCUGUUUUGGUUGGAACAAAAGUGAGAGGAUUUGUGUUAUGUACAGAGUGUGGAAAGAGAAGAGUUAUCUAUGCAAGCAGAAAAUUGAAUAGAACAGAGGAGAGGGCAGUUGAACGAGUUCAAGAAGAACUACUCUACAUUUGUGGAAAUCCUUUGUUUCCAGGGGGUCAGUAUCAGGACGUCAUACUAUGCAGACAAAAUAUCUCCUGCUCUUCACCCAUAGAGACACAGUAUUACUCAGGGAAGACACAGAUAUUUGAUGCUGUCCGUUUCCACUGUGGUGACCCAGACGUAACCAACUGCGAUGAAGUCCGCAGGCUGCAGGAGGACUUCGCCAUAGUUAGACCUAUAUGCGGACAGUGUCUUCAAUCUGGGAAACAAAUUCCCACUAGAAACGCUAAAAAACGCAAAAACUAA